AUGGGGAAUCAGGAUGGGAAGCUAAAGAAAUCCUCUGGCGAUGGGCAGGAGAGAAUAGACUCUAGGCCUGACGAUGGAGAGCAUACAAAAAAAGGAGGCAGAAGGACCCUAGGAAAACGCAGCGACCACCAUGGUAAGAAAAGAAGCAAGUCUGAGUCGAGAUCAUCCGUAUUUUCCAAUCUCAGGAUAAGAAAGACACUAGCCAAGUCUAGAGAUGGCACCUGCGAUUCAAAGGAGGAUGUCCUGGGGGGGCCAAAUAUGCAAACUGAAGAAAUGGACAGUACCCUUUCUAUUGCUAACUACGAAAACUCCAGAAAUUAGCAUCUCAGCAGAUGAAGGAGGCCUUUCUGAUACAGAUGCUGAUAAUUUUGUCUGUAAGUCCUUGACAGCAGCCGCUGCAAAUGAGACACAGGAGGGACAAAAGACCAGUUCGGGAUCUGACACGGAUAUAUACAGCUUCCAUUCAGCCACAGAACAAGAUGAUUUGCUCUCAGACAUUCAGCAGGCAAUUAAGAUGCAGUUCUCUCAGGAAGGGUGUAGUGAAGCUGGAGAAUUGUCGAAAAUGUUUCAAGGACAACUCACAAGCUCUCAUACUUUAUUUUGGGAUGUCAGUGAACAGUUCCCAUCUAAUAAGGAAAAAUUGCCUGGUAGCCCAGAAGAAGAAGAGAAGAAAACUAUAAUAUCAAAUGGUAUUAGUGGAGGAACACCUGAAAAUGUCAGUAACGAAAUUCCUCUGGAAAAACAGUUGCCCUAUUCAGCAGAUGAUAGACAAACAGUACCAAAGGAAAUUGAUGAGGUGUCUUCCAUAACUGACAUGGUUUCCCCAGCUGAGAUUACCAGAACAUGUGACAACACAGAUGGAGAUACUGUGGCUCAACAUUUCAUAGGAAAUAAAUUAGAUGAUGUAUCUGAUAUGACUGAGGCGAAAUUUGAUUUAAUAUCUAAAGAAAAUUCUUCUGAAAAACUUUCUAGCACUCCAGAAGUCCCUCAAGAAAAUUUUUCUAGCUACUGAAAACAAUACGGAAGUCAAAACCCAUCCUGGAGGUACAACAAGCCGGUCUCCAAGUCCACAACAACCGCAGCACUUCAAAAAAGGAAAAGGUGAAGAAGACCAGAUCACAUCCAGCAGCUUAUCAGGGAUCAACAGCAAAUCUGCAGACUGGACAACUGAACUAAUCAAGGUGCAAACUAAAAACCUGACCAACAGAAGUUCUCCAGAUAUAUUAUUGUAUGGAUCAAAAAAUGGUGGUGUCUCCAAGAAUACUACAAAUGUCCCUAUGUCUUCUUUAAGCUUUCCCAAUAUACUUUCAGGACAAACCUUACUCGAAAAAUUAUUUAACCAACAAAGAAAUGCACCAGAGAACGCAGAAAAACUUUGCUCUGAAAUUCUCACUGUGGGCUUGCUGCUACCUUUCGGUGACUGCUUUCGUGAACAAUGCAGCAAAAGUGCAGAACAGAUACCUUCCAAAACACAACAAGAUCAAUUUGCCACAGGAGCUGCAGUCAAUCAACCUACUCACUCACUUAAUUCUUUAGAAGAAUGCUUUACACAAAGAAGUCAAGUUGCACGGUCACCUUCAUCCAUCUCAUUUACUGAAGAAUCUGAGAAAAUCUCAUCUGGACUUUCUGAAAAAACAAGAGAAUCUGCAGAGCAACAUGAGGGCAAACACUUGAAGUAUGUAUCUCCCAAGGAAGAUCAUGCAAAUAUAAUUCAGCAGCUUGAGCAAACUAUUGAAGAUUUAAAGGCUAAACUUGCUGAACAUGAAAAGCAAUAUAAACAAUCAAACAUUUCCACAAAUAAUGCACAAGAUGAAAAUACUGAAUUAUGUGUACAACUAAAUGAUGGCAACGCAAACAUAACAUCAAAGAAUGUUGAAGGAAAAUCUGUGCAGACUUCACCCACAGAGGAGUUUACCUCAAAUGGAGAAGCUACAAUAACUGAUAAUAAAGUUGUGCGACAAGUCUUUUCACCAGUUUUGGAUGGCAACUCGCAGUUUACACAUUAUUCUGUAGAUGUAACUUCAAAGUCACAACAGUCUGUGUCCACUAAUACCUCCACAGAAUACAAAGAAUCUCAACCAGACAGUAAUAUUGUCUCAUCUGGAGUCUUAACACUCUUUCCACAGUUGUACCCACCAUUAACCUGUGGAAAUGCUGUUAUCAAUGGUUUUUUUGAAGGUUCGACUACAACAACACAAAUUCAUUCUUCUUACACUAAUGCACAUCAUACUUGCUUGGACACUACCACUUCUUCCCCGCUCAUAUUGGACUCACAAUUUAGCAUACAAGAUCCUUUACCAGGUCUCCCAUCUCAUUCAUUAUCCAGUUCAUAUUCAUCUAUUCAUUCCCACACUAUGCUUGCUUCAGGUCUAGCACUGCAUCCUUCUGCCUUCUCAUCUGAAAUGUCACGUUUGGUUCCAUUUUCUACUACAAUUCCUCCUCCUCCACCAAUAUCUGGAUUAAAUGCAGUCAGUAGUCUUCAAGCUACUCUACCUCACCAACCAUGUAACAACUCAAUUCCUCCUCCGCCACCACUACCUCAGCAAUCAUUUCUAUCAGGAGUACCAUGUCCUACUACAGUUCUUGUUUCUUCACCACCACUACCUUUUUGUACAAGUACAGAGGUUUCAACCUCCCAUCCUCCCCAUCCACCUCCACCACCUCCUUUAUCCUUACUUACAGGUACCAAUGCAGUGCCUCCACCAUCACAGCAAUUUCUGUUACCAGGCCCUGCUGUAAUUCCUGCUCCUCCCUCUCCACCUCCUCUUCCAGGUAGCAAUGCAGCUUAUCAUUUUCAGUCAUCUAUGACUGAUAUAGGAGUAGUCUGCCCUCCUCCACCUCCCCCACCACCAUUACCUCCACAAUUAGAUAUGGCUGUAAUUCCUCCUGCACCACCUCUCUUCCCACAUGGUGCUGCAAUACCUCCUCCCCCUCCUCCUCCACCACUGCCAGUACCAGGUUUUAACUCAGUUUACCAUCUUCAACAAACCCCACAAUUGAAUUCAGUUACUCUUCCUCCCCCUCCUGCACCACCACUACCAGGUUCUAUCGGCAUUCAAUCUAUUCCCCCUCCCCCACCACUACCAGGCACUACUGCCAUUCAGUAUAUUCCCCCUCCUCCUCCACCACCACCACUACCAGGCACUACUGCCAUUCAAUAUAUUCCCCCACCACCACCACUACCAGGCACUACUAUCAUUCAAUCUAUUCCUCCCCCUCCACCACCACCACCACCACUACCAGGCACUACUGCCAUUCAAUCUAUUCCCCCUCCUCCCCCGCCACCACCACUACCAGGCACUGUUGCAAUUCAGUCUAUACCUCCUCCUCCACCACCACCACUACCACCAUCAGCCAAUAUAGCAGCUCCUCCUCCACCACCGCCCCCUCCAUUAAUUCCUCCUCCAUUUGGCGUCUCACAAAAUUCCUCACCAUUUUCAUGUUUUGUUCAGACUCACCCACCCACGUCAUUAGCAGGUUUUCUACAACCUCCUCUGCCAGGUGCUUUAUUAGCAAUGGGAUUGAGUCAUGAGAAAGGAACCAGAAAAGCUGCUAUUGAGCCGACAAAGCCCAUGAAGCCCCUUUACUGGACAAGAAUUGAAAUACAUGGAAAGAGAGAUUUGAACAGCCCUUUAGUUUGGGAAUCUGUCAGUGAGCCUAAGAUGGAUGUUCAUGAGUUGGAAAGUUUGUUUUCAAAAACUGCAAUCAAAGAAAAAAAGAAACCCAUUUCUGAUACAAUAACAAAGACGAAGUCAAAGCAAGUUGUUAAGCUCUUAAGCAAUAAAAGAUCACAGGCUGUAGGAAUAUUAAUGUCUAGUCUUCAUUUAGACAUGAAAGAUAUUCAGAAUGCCAUUUUAAAAAUGGACUAUUCAGUUGUUGAUUUAGAAACUCUUCAAGCUUUGUAUGAAAAUAGAGCUGUAUCAGAAGAACAGGAGAAGAUUGAAAAACAUAUCAAAUCUUCAAAACAUAAGGAACAUUCAAAACCCCUGGACAAACCUGAGCAGUUCCUCUAUGAACUGACAACUAUACCAAAUUUUUCAGAACGGGUUUUUUGCAUUUUGUUGCAGUCAACAAUAUCAGAAAACAUUAGUGUCAUUCAUCGAAAACUUGAAUUGUUACAGAAAGUUUGUAAGAUUUUAAAAGACGAUUCUGCAGUUCUGUGUGUUUUAGGAUUGAUUCUUGCAAUUGGUAACUACAUGAAUGGGAGGAAACAGGACAAGAGGACAAGCUGAUGGAUUUGCACUAGAUAUUUUGCCAAAACUGAAAGAUGUCAAAAGCAACGAUAACAGCAGGAACCUUCUUUCAUAUAUUGUGUCAUACUACUUACGGCAUUUUGAUGAUAAUGCAGGUAAAGAAGAAUGUGUAUUUAUACUGCCAGAACCUCAAGAUCUUUUUCAAGCAUCCCAGAUGAAAUUUGAAGAUUUUGUAAAAGAUCUUCGAAAAAUAAAAAAAGACUUGAAUGCAUGUGAGAUCGAAGCAACAAAAGUUUACCAGAAAUCUUUGGUGGAAUAUUUACAGCCUUUCAAAGACAACAUAGAAGUGUUCCUCAGCAAAGCAAAUGUUGACCAUGAAAACACAGAAAAAUUUCUUUCUGAAGUUCAUUUAAGGUUUUUGGAAACUGUAGCCUAUUAUUGUGUAAAGCCAAAAAUUGGGGAAAAGGAGGUGUCUCCAAACACAUUCUUCAGCAUCUGGCAUGAAUUUAGCACUGACUUUAAAGACUCUUGGAAGAAAGAAAAUAAGAUAAUUUUACAAGAAAGGUUGAAGGAAGCUGAAGAGGUAUAUAAGCAAAAAAAGGAAAAGGCAUCAAUUACUGUCAAGCCAAAGCACGAAUCUGGAAUUAAAGCAAAACUGAGCCUACGAACGUGA